CGGACCGCGCGCCGACACACGACGGUCGGCUCCGGCAGUCGGCACUCGGCGGUUGCCAGACUGCCAGUUUGUUCGCGACCUCCUCCACUCACGAUCGUGUCUGCCAGUGCCAACUUUUUCAGGGACGCGAAAAAUUGCUUUUGUGUGCUUGAAUGUGAUUUACUUUUAGUGAUGUGUUUGGUUAAAGUUGCGGUCGUUUGAAGGAUUUUUUUAAAAGAGGUCCCAUGUGCGCGUGCGCAGAACAUCAUGUCCGCCGUGAUGAGCACGCUUUCCAUGAUCAGCGGUGGACGACGCGCGCACCGCAAACUCGCCAGCUCUCGUAAGUCGGGGCAGUUCUCUGACGCGGGCGAGGAGCGCAGUCGCAGCCAACAUGAUCUCAACAAACAGCAGCGAUCCGCUUCACUCCAAACCCUGGAGCCGGGAGUCGUUAACCUCGAGAAUCUGGAAGCCAAGAUGGCGAGCAUCGAGGUGUCCCUGGCGGGCUCGCGCCGGCGCAGCGCGGGCGCACGCGACGUGUCGAGAGAGCUGGACACGCUGCGGGCCGCUCUCACUGACAAGGACACACUGAUACAAAAUCUAAAGAAACAACUCAGCGCGUCCCUCAGCGCAGCGCGCCUGGCCGCGCAGGCCUCGUCGCCGUGCACGAGUCCGCGCGAAGAGGCGCCGGCGCUGUCGCAGGACGACCGGCGCGCGCUGGAGGAGCGCGCCGGCGCCGUGCGCGCCGAGCUGGAGGAGCGGCGCGCCAACAUGCAGGAGCUGAAACGCCGCCUGGAGAAGACGCAUGUCACCGAGAACAUAGACACGCGAAUAGAGCAGGCGGAGCUGCAGUACGCGGUGGGGCGCGAGGAGCUGGAGCUGCUGACGCUGGGCGAGCAGGCGCGCGCGCUGGCCGUGCUCAUCGAGCAGGCCGACGCCGCGCACCGCACCUCGCUGUACAGUACGAUGCGCGAGUACGGCGGCUGCGCGACGCUGGUGUCGGCGGAGGUGCGCGAGGGCGCGUGGGCCGCCGCGCCGCGCGGCGCCGGGCUCGUCGUCGAGUGGGCAGACAACCCCGCCGUCAGGCCCGGAGACAGAAUCUUGGAAGUGAACGGCACCUCGGUGUUGUGCUGCAGCCCCGACGAGCUGCGCCGCGGCGCCGCGCCGCCGCCCGCGCGCCUCGUGCUGCUGCGCGCGCCCGCCGCGCCCCCCGCGCCCCCACCGCCCCCACCGCCCGCCUUCACGCAGAAGGAGGCGGCGUCGCUGCGGGCGGAGCUGGCGGGCCUGCGCGCCGCGGCCGAGCUGGCCGAGCGCGCCAAGGACGGGCUGCGCUCCGACAACACGCGCCUCACGCAUCGCAUCUCCUACCUCGAGGACCAGGUGGCCGAGCUGCUCGACCGCCAUCCGCAGCUGCAUACAGUGAGCAGUAACGACAGCUGUAUAACAGUCAAUAAAACCAAGAAGAACGUGACCAACAUCAACAUUACGACGGAGCCGCAGGUCCCGACCAAAACGAGUCCCAAGUCUGAGGUGCAAGUAUUCCAAAAGGGACCAGACAUUACAGCCAUCGUGGCGAAGCUUCCGGGGCUGGAUGCCGGUGAAGCCAAUCUGCCCGUGGUGCGACCCAGAUCGAACGCCUCGGGCGCCUCGUCUAGAGUGGCCACGUCCCCGAGGACAUCACCGACGCCGAAUCGUAGAUCACACAGCUCGCACAGCUUAGAACAUAGAGCUGGCCGCAUGCGCCACUCGCUCUCGCACCACUGCAUCCACGACUACAGCACGGAGACCGAUGCAGCCAUUCGGAUGAUAGAACGAAAUCAGAGGCACAUGGAGAAGCAGCGCGUGAAGGCCGACCGGUACAAUAGCAGUAGAUCGAGGGAGGAGACUUUUAGAUCCGACAGCGACAUGGACUUGAGAGAUUCUCAAUCGAGCGUAUGUGACCAAAGACGGACUGAUAUAAAGAAAGUGGCCGAAAGAAUCGAGGAGAGCAUCAAAAAGACAAACUGGGCCGAGAGGAAGACCCUGUCGAUCAUAGAACAAUUGAAGCGCUCGCAGCGCCUUCGAAAGAUGAAGAAAAACGAAAGCGUCGAAAACAUCCAAGUCGAAUCCGAGAGGAACUACGUCUACAACCGAAUAGACGGCAAAGUACUAGAGAACGCGCAUAAAUCUAGCCGACGCUCGUCCAAACUGCACUCGAGGAGCGCAAAAUCGUCCGAACUCGAGUCCGAGUGCUCCGACUUCCCGAACGGCGACGCCUACGGCAGCUCCCCGAGGCUGGACUACGGGGCCGACGACCGGUCGAGGCUCGGGCACUACGUCCGGAACGACGAGACUCGAGACGAGGCGAGAUCCAGGCCGACGCCGCCGCGGAAGCCGCUCCGGCUGUCGCUGCACAAGGCGCGCAGCGCGCACUCGCUGGCCAACGGGGGCAACGGGAGCGAGUCGGAGGCCGCGAGCCGGCCGCCGUCCGAGGCGCAGUCGCUGUGCAAGCGGCCCGUCAAGCGCACGUACGCGGCCGAGCGCUGGGCGCGCGAGCGCCUGCGCGACGGCGCCCGCGCCACCCCGCGCCCCGCGCGCCGCCUGCCCGCCGCGCCCGCCGCGCUCGCCCCGCGCCCGUACCACGCGCGGACGUCGCCGGCGGAACAUCACAUGCGACCGGACCCCACUGUCGAUAAACCAUCGACACUCUCACGAGUUUUUGCAAUGUAUCAAAAUCAACCAUUGAUAGCUCGGCAACGCUAUCGAACGCUGGCCCGAUAGCGGCGGUGUGAGGUCGACGCACACUUGACGGAGUACAGGUGACCUCUGGCGGCGCGUCGUGCUGUUGUACGCCCGCCUUUAGCACGCAAUGAAAACACUUUGUGGAGACAAAAUCAUUUGUUUUGAAUAUGAACUUAAAUAUAAUAAAUAAUUAGUCUCCGGUACAUCGUAAAGUGUGCGAGAACCCCAAUACUAAACUGAGUUCAUUGAGCUCUGAAGACUGGUGCUUAUUGCUUCGUCGGUUAUUUGUUGAUUGCCUUUAAGUGUGUUAUUACUAUAUACGUGAGCGGAACGUUCCGUUUCGGUUAGCUUUUUAAAUAUUGAAAUGACGCCCGAUUUUACAACAGAACAGCUGACAUUGAUCUCGAAACUGAAAGAAUAUCCGGCGAAGUGUUCUGUACGUCUUAUUAACUAGCAUACUUAGCGUUACAAUUAUACAAACUAUGUUUAAACAUAUGACGAAUAGUACAAAACAUUUUGUUUCAUUUCAACUCCGGUUUUCUCUUUUAAUCAAUUUAGAGUUAAUCUGUACUUACUAAAUGAGAAGUAUAUAUGGAUACGAUGACUUAAAACGGGCACAGAAAUAGUAACAAUACUAAAGAACCCUUCUCAUUAUUAAAUCAAUUAUUUAUAAGAACAAUACGAAUUGCGAUAAAAUGUAGUUUUUUUCGCGAUUAAUACACAUAAAAAUUAUUACGUUACGUUAAAAAAAUUAAUAAUAAAAAAAUGUAUGUAAAACUUAAACGCGAAAAAAUAUUUUUUUUUUAUUUUUAAGAUAAAUAACUUUUAAGGUGCGUUGAGUACAUUCAUAUUACAAACACGGAAAUUAAAAAAUAUAUAAAUAAUUUUAUUCAACGAUAAAAAACGUUAAUUUAAAAAUUUAUAAUAAUUGUUAAUGAUCGGUUAUAAUCAGAUGUUAAAUUUUAUUUUAUAGGUUCUUUUGACGAACUCGUAUUGAUAUAUAACCUAUUCCUAUCGCAGGAGGGCUUAAAUCUUAGAAGGAUUAAUAACUUAAUUUCUGAUAUCCUCUUUAGUUUUACUUUCAAAGUUUUGAUAACAACUUCCGACAUUCAUCAAUUCGAGGUCAAAGUAGUUCAUUAUUGUCUUCACUUGUGAUUAGAAUAGGUUGUAGUCUUAUAAUUAACGCGAAAUAUAUCGUCGGCCUUCAGUGCAGUCUCCAAAACAAUUCGAUGAAAGCAAAUAAGACGGUUCUAUCAAGCAUAUUAUAAAUUUAAGUGUUUUUGUGCGAAUUGGUGACUGGUGUGAAUUAUAAAAUAUAGCAUUUCUGAUUGAAAAAGAAUUAAUUGUUGGUGAAAGGAAUAAGGUAGUAAGACUUAUACUAAGGGCUUUAAAAUUAGGUCGUAUUUGAAGUGAAUGAUGUGACUUUUAAACCGUAACGAGUAGCUUAAAUAGAAAAGUAAUUUAUUAAUUUCACAACAAAGAUUUGAAAAAAAUAUUAUCUCAGAAGCAUAUCGCAAUGACUUGGAUAUUUAAAACGUAAACAAGAUUUAUUAUUUAGAUGUAUUAUCUAUCUAUGAAGACCUAACUUUAUCGUUUGUUACGUUUCUGCUCGGAUAAAGUACAAGUCGUGUGUGUGUGUGAGUCCAGCAACACUAAAUUCAAUAAAUUUAUUUGUGGUAUACAUAUGCACGUGUUUCAUACUUUUCUAUUUAAGUUACUUUUUUUUAUCGCUCAUACAAAAAAAAACUAAGGGGCCUUCAAACCCGUGGCUCGUGAUCAUAUUUCUAAAUUUAGUUUGUAAAUGAUGUUUUGUGUAAAGAAUCGUUUGUAACGUAUGCAGGCGUAACGCUAGUUAUAGUUCAGUUUGGGCCGGGAGGUCGAUGACCCGACACCACGGACGGACAUAUUUUUAUUUUACGAAUUCGGUAGAUUUAUUUUAAUAUUCCUGUAAUAUAAGUGUAUAUAAUUAUUGUCAAAUGUUUAAACUGUAAAUUAUUAAAAUAAACGAUGCUAUCAA